AUGCCUGAACUUCUCAGCAGCAUACUCAAUGUGAGUAAGGUAUUCCAGAAAUAUGCUGAACACCACGGGGAAUACGCUUCAUUGAACAAGAUGGAGUUGAAGCAGCUGCUUCUCACUGAGUUUGGAGACAUCCUUCGGAGACCAAAUGACCCAGAGACUGUGGAAACCAUUCUGGAACACUUGGACAGAGACAGAAAUGGAUAUGUUGAUUUUCGUGAAUACCUCUUGUUGGUGUUCCAAUUGGUCCAAGCUUGCCAUCGUAAACUAGAUAGUAAGUCAUGUGGAGGUAAAACCUCCUCCCAGAAAGAACGGGGUCAGAAAGGAACACAGAGCCAUAAGUUUUCUGAAAACACAGGCAGACAGCCUAGGCAGUCUGAAGGACAAAGUCAGGACGUCCAAGAACAUAAGGACUCGCACCAGGGUCAGGCAGAGAGACAAGACACAGAUUAUAGCUCUGAUCAGUCUGAGACAGACGAUCAGCACUCUAGCCCUGAUCAAAGACUGAGUCAUAAAUCUAGCAACGACCGACCCAAAAGUCAAGGAUAUAUCUUUGCCUUAAAUCAGCCUGAGAUCCCAGCUCAGGUUUCUCAUUAUGGCCAAUCUAAAACAUUUGGACGAAAAAGCAGCCAUGGCCAGUCUGGAAGACUCCGACAAGAUUCUUACUCUAGUCAAACCAGUCAACAAGAAGCUGGUUCUUAUGAACAAUAUGGAAAGCAGUAUCAGAAAUCAGGCAACAGUCAGACAGACAGACAGGUCCAGAAUUCUCGCUAUGGUCAGUCAGACAAACAAAAACAUACGUUCCAACAUGGUCAGACAGAUGGACAAGGUCAGAGCAAAGGUCAGAAUUUUCAUUAUGGUCAGACAGGCAUUAAAGGACAGAGUUCUCACCAGGGUCAGACAGGCAUCAAAAGCCAGAGUUCUCACCAGGGUCAGACAGGCAUCAAAAGCCAGAGUUCUCACCAGGGUCAGACAGGCAUCAAAAGCCAGAGUUCUCACCAGGGACAGACAGGCAUCAAAAGCCAGAGUUCUCACCAGGGUCAGACAGGCAUUAAAGGUCAGAGUUCUCACCAGGGUCAGACAGGCAUUAAAGGCCAGAGUUCUCACCAGGGUCAGACAGACAGACAAAACCAGAGUUCUCACCAGGGUCAGACAGGCAGACAAGACCAGGGUUGGCAUCGAACAGACAGUCAAGGCCAGGGUUUUCAGUAUGAUCAGACAGGCAGACAAGGUCAGAGUUCUCACCAGGGUCAGACAGACAGACAAGAGAGUUCACAUUGGCAUCGGACAGACAGUCAAGGCCAGAGUUUUCAGUAUGAUCAGACAGGCAGACAAGGUCAGAGUUCUCACCAAGGUCAGAUAGACAGACAAGGCCAGAGUUCUCACCAGGGUCAGACAGACAGACAAGACCAGAGUUCACGUUGGCAUCGGACAGAUAGUCAAGGCCAGGGUUUUCAGUAUGAUCAGACAGGCAGACAAGGUCAGAGUUCUCACCAGGGUCAGACAGACAGACAAGACCAGAGUUCACAUUGGCAUCGGACAGACAGUCAAGGCCAGGGUUUCCAGUAUGAUCAGACAGGCAGACAAGGCCAGAGUUCUCAUCAGGGUCAGAUAGACAGUCAAGAGAGUUCACAUUGGCAUCGGACAGACAGUCAAGGCCAGGGUUUUCAGUAUGAUCAGACAGGCAGACAAGGCCAGAGUUCUCACCAGGGUCAGACAGACAGACAAGACCAGAAUUCACGUUGGCAUCGGACAGAUAGUCAAGGCCAGGGUUUUCAGUAUGAUCAGACAGGCAGACAAAGCCAGAGUUCUCACCAGGGUCAGACAGACAGACAAGACCAGAGUUCACGUUGGCAUCGGACAGACAGUCAAGGCCAGGGUUUUCAGUAUGAUCAGACAGGCAGACAAGGUCAGAGUUCUCACCAGGGUCAGACAGACAGACAAGACCAGAAUUCACGUUGGCAUCGGACAGAUAGUCAAGGCCAGGGUUUCCAGUAUGAUCAGUCAGGCAGACAAGGCCAGAGUUCUCACCAGGGUCAGAUAGACAGUCAAGAGAGUUCACGUUGGCAUCAGACAGACAGUCAAGGCCAGGGUUUUCAGUAUGAUCAGACAGGCAGACAAGGCCAGAGUUCUCACCAGGGUCAGACAAGCAGUAAAAGCCAGAGUUCUCACUGUGAUCAGCCAAAGAUUGGGAAAACUGAACUCCAGGGGCAAAACAGGUCCUUCCAAGGAACUGAUAAAGCAAGAAGAGACUCAUAUGUUGAACAAUCUGGAAGAUCAGGAAAACUAAGUCAACAGACUUCAAGAGAAGUAAAUCAAACCCAGAGACAGAGAUUCCAGGAUAAAAGGGAGCAGCAAAGCCACCACCAGGCAUGGACGCUUGAAGAGGGUAAUAAGCACAAACUCUUAGCUCCGAUACAGCAAGAAAAGCCAUACCCCCACGAAGAGUAUGACUGGCAAUCACAGAGUAGCGAGGAGGGCCACUGGGAAGAGGAAGAGCAUCAAAAUUGGGAUGGACACAGUUUUGAGGAGCAGGAAGGUCUAUAUGAGAUGUAGAACAGACAAGCCCAUAGAGAUGAACCGCAUCAGAAACAGGAUAGGCAGACCUCUGUAGAUGAGCAGAACCAGAAAAGACAAUACAGGACAACUCAUGUAGAAAAUCAAGAUCAUCAACAAGGUAGGAAUCAUGAAGAUAAGCAAAACCAUCAAGGAAAAGACAAACAUCAAAAGCAUCAUCAACAAUGGGAUAGACAAACUCAUGAAAAAAAUAAAAGGUAUCAAGGAUCCCAAGACCAAUCCAGAAAGUUACCCAACAAAGAAAAAAUUCACAAGAAUGAAGACGACCAGGGCCAAGGAUCCCAGGGAAGACAUUUCUUUCCAACCCAUGGUAGUGGCAGGUCCCAAAUAAGAGAACAAUAUGGAAACUACCCUACCAAAACAGCUAAUUCUCCCAGCCCCCUCUACGACUAUGUACGAGAGCAAGCAAUGAGUGCCAGAGGUGAAGCAGUUUGA